UCCUUUGCGUUUUGGGCAAGUGUCACAUAUAUAUGUUCUAUAUUUCGUUGUACCAUAUAACGCGGAUUUUGUUCUCUAUAAUUUAUCAUCAACGCGAUUUAGAUUGCAGUCUAAACGACUAAAUGUAUACUAUUGCAAACAACAAAGAGUCGAUUCUUGGACAAAGUCAAGAAAUGAAUAUGACGUCUAAUGAGUUAUAUAAUGAGUUGAUUCUUUUUGUCAGAAACGAACUUCAUAUAUUACAAAAGACUGAGUGAAAUAUGAUUUGACAGUACAUUUAAAAGAUUUGACAAAAUACUGAAAAGUUGAUAACUUAAAAUUGGUUGUUUAGUGAGCUAUUAUACUAAUUUGAGAAACUGAGUUGAUACUUAAUUUAAGGCCGGUCCUAGCAGUAUGGCGCAUCGUAGGUUCGCAUGUUUUGGUAACAAAGGGGUUGUAUAUUGUCCUCUCAAGUCUGAACUCAUUUCUAUCUAUUUUUGAAAUGCAGAAACGAUUUUCCAAAAUGUCUAUGUAAAUAACGAUUUUACUGCAAAGAAAACGACAAUCUCGGGCAUUCAGAACCGCCAAGUAGAGAAACAAACAAGGAAAGAGAAGAAGAAGGAAAAACACAAAUGGAAGGGAAAGGGGAAGAAGCAAAGAGGAGAAUGAUGAUGAAGAUCAAGCUUAAGGGGACAGAAGACAUAAGCCAAGAAGACAUUAAAAGACAAGAAGCUUACAACAUGUCUCCACGUACAAGUGCUCGUGGUGGUGGUGGUGGUAGCUCAGUCGGUAUGAUCAAGUCAUCAAGCGUGAGGCAAAACUGUUUAUGCGCGCCAACGACACACCCUGGCUCCUUCAGGUGCCGUUACCACCGUCGUAACGCUGGACUUGGGAUGUCACGUGGCAUAUCCGUUCCGUCUAACCUUUCCAUGUUGGUUGGAGACUCUAAUUCUGGCUCUCCUAAGUGAUCAUCAAUAUAUAAUGUGCUUUCUUUCUCAUCAAUUUAUAUUCCUCGUAUGUGUCUGUGUAUAUACCAACAAAGAAAAAUGCAUAAGUAGAUAAAUCUCUGGAUAUUCACUUUGCUGUUUGCACAAAUGAAAUAAAUUCAAGUGUCGUGAUU